AUGAAGCGUGAUUUUUUCAAGAAUUACCUAUCGUGCAUUAAGAGACGUUUAAUUGGAAGAAAAUACCACAGAAAGGGAAAGAAUGACUGCCCAAAAGAAGAGAAUAAGGUUUUUACUUAUUCAUAUAAAUCAAAUAUAGUCGAAAUAGGUGGUAAACGUGAUGGAUUUCAUGGUUUUGUACUGUCAACAAAUAAAAUCGAAAAAUAUGGUUUGCCUAUUGAAGGGACUGAAACAUCACACGUUACUGUGGAUGAACUCAGAGUAUUAACUGAUGUGGAAUGUAUUUUCGAAGAUGACGACAGGUGUGGUUUUUGCUUUGAAUCUUUUAAAAAAGAUGACUCAAAAGUAAAUAUUGUGGAGUUGGGUUCAGAGGAAUCAGCUUCGUUUAGUUCAGGACACUCAAAGAUUCCUGAUGAGGACAAGAGUUUUGAAGAAUCAGAUUCGUCUAAUUUAACAGAUUCAGAGGUCAUUAACGAAGCGACAGGUUCUGAAGAAUUAGAACUUCCUCAUAUUAUUGUGGAGACACCUUGCGAACAUCGCUUUCAUAAAAAUUGCAUUUCAUCUUGGUUAGAAUAUACUGCUCAAAAUAAAUGGCAUGCAUCUUGCGGAAGAUUAAUGGCACAUGGUUCAAUUGACAGGUUUUGUCCGUGUCAUCUACUUCAUUUAAUUUGCCCUCUUUGUCGUUUUGAUGUAAGUAAUCUCAAAUUGGUAUGUGUAAAUGCAGAUAUCUCACUGAAUAGAGUGCUUAUUAAAAGGGAUUAA